CCUAUGAGAAGGUGUUCUGAGAACUCCAACCCUCUCUGCUUCUUAUAAAAGGCAGGCAGAAGAGCCAGAGGAACAGAGAGCUGAGACCAACUCUGAAGCUGAAGCUACGCCUUUGCCCUCCACGAUGCAGGUCUCAGCAUCACUUCUGUGCCUGCUGCUAACAGCUGCUGCUGUCAGUAUCCAGGUGCUGGCUCAGGCAGAUAUGAAACACAUCGAAGAGACCCCUCUUGCUUGCUGUUUCACAUUCACUCGCAAUAGGAUCCCUUUGAGGCUUCUGAGAGACUAUCAGCUCACCAGUAACAUGUGUUCCCAGCAGGCUGUCAUCUUCAAAACCAGGGCAAACAGACAGAUCUGUGCUGACCCCAACCAGAUGUGGGUUCAGAAAGCCGUGAAUUACCUGAACUCUUCCUAAAGACGUGAGCUCUCCACUCACCCAGACCCAGCCUGAGGGUGAGCAGGGAUGGUUCAAUUCUGCCCCCGCCUGCCCAUCUGUACUCUGGAAUAACUGUACCACAAUUUUCAAAUAAAAGCUUUCUGAUUUGUGUUGUAAAAU